ACCCUAAACAUUCCGCUAAUGGUAUCGUCCGCCGUUAGGCCUUUGCGGUAGGGAGUUGCUUGGCGGACCCCGCAAGUUUACCUCUACUUUACAUGUUAAUUUUGUUUGACCAGGGAAGGCCGCCGUCUUUGUUUUUUUAGUACCGCUGUCCCAAUUAAGUCGCUCCUCUGUCGAGGGACUUUUCAGUCAACGCGUUUCCGGGCGUGGUGAGCGGAGUUGAAGAGGGAAGGAAGAGGGUAUCGGUGAGUCGGGAGAAGCGGAGCUGAUGAUGCCGACGUUGCGGGACAGCACCAUGUCCCACCCCGGCGAAAAUUCCCACCAAGUCCGGGUCAAGGCUUAUUAUAAAGGGGACAUCAUGAUCACACAUUUUGAACCGUCCAUCUCGUACGAGAACCUUUACGGGGAGGUGAAGGACAUGUGCUCCAUGGACAAUGACCAGCUCUUCACCAUGAAGUGGAUCGACGAGGAAGGUGACCCCUGCACCGUGUCCUCCCAGCUGGAGUUGGAGGAAGCGCUGCGCCUCUAUGAACUCAACAAAGAUUCAGAGCUCAUUAUCCACGUGUUUCCAUGUGUACCUGAGAAACCGGGCAUGCCGUGUCCAGGAGAGGACAAGUCGAUAUACCGCCGUGGCGCUCGGCGCUGGAGGAAGCUCUACUAUGCAGGUGGUCACGCCUUUCAGGCCAAACGAUUUAACCGGCGAGCUCAUUGUGCCAUCUGUGAAGAUCGAAUCUGGGGUCUGGGGAGACAAGGUUACAAAUGCAUCAACUGCAAACUGCUGGUGCACAAGAAGUGCCAUAAACUGGUCACAUUAGAGUGUGGCAGACAAAUGAUGCACGAACAAAUAAUGCCCAGCCCACCAUCGAGUCAGUCGUCAGACGCAGCUGAUCAUCAAG